AUGCCCUACUUGGAGCAAGCUAGAUUCGGGUCAGCAGCAUUGAUCCGGACGUUCGACUUGCAAUACGAUUUAAUAUCUACACUAGUGAAGCGGUGGCGCCCGGAGACUCACAUUUUUUAUUUUUCGUGUGGGGAGUGCACAGUGACUUUAGAGGAUGUUGCACUGCAGCUUGGGCUCCCAAUCGACGGGAGUCCCAUAACGGGAGUAAGUGCAUUUGCUGAGCCGGCUGCACUGUGUUAUAGCCUACUAGGAGACUCGCCCAACGAUGAUGAGUCAAAUUUUUCAGGCUUGAAAUUUACAUGGCUGAAAGGCAAAUUUGGACACUUAUCAGCUAAUGCCACUGAAAGAGAGUUGAUGUGCGCUGCUCGAGCGUACAUCAUGCAUAUUACAGGGGGAGUAAUGAUGCCCGAUUCAAACAACAACAAUGUUCAUAUCAUGUACAUACCUUUAUUAGCUGAUUUGAGUAAUGUUUACUCGUAUAGCUGGGGCUUCGCAGUUCUGGCAGUGUUGUAUCGGGAGCUUUGUCAGACAACAAAGCCUGCCAUCGUAGACAUGGGCGGAUGCCUUACAUUGUUGCAGUCCUGGGCACUUUAUCAGAUGUCAUUCUUGGCAUCAGUUACUCACCAACCAUAUAUAUAUCCACUAGUUAACAGAUGGAGUAUUUAUUCGGGUAUCGAGAGGUCGUACAAUGUCCCGAUAUACUGUCUGAUGAUCGAACAGCAUGCCAGGGAAGGGAUUAUAUGGAUGUCAUAUCGUAGACCGGAAAUUACAGCUAAUAUACUCUCGUCUGCGUAUGUUCAUUCUCAUAUGUGGUGCACUAACGCACCAGUUAUAAAUUUCAAUGUAGUCGAGUGGUACCAUGGGAAUCGAGUGCUACGACAGCUUGGUUACGUACAAUAUAUCCCGGAUCCGCCAUGCAAUGUGGGGGUGGUUCACGGCAUCAACAAAAGAGGAAAACCGUAA